AAGUAUUAAGUAAGUCAUGAUGGCAAUGGCAGAAACUAGCAGUACCUCUGUCCUUACCUUAUAUUGAUGAUCGAUUGUAUACAGUUCAAGAGUAAUGUGUCUUCUAAAAUAAUCUUAAUGAAACGGGUUAUGGCUCAUUUUCUUGCAUUGUUUUUCAUUAAAUGAAAUUUAUUUAACAGUACUGAUGUUUCUAAUACAUCAGUGGGUGUACUGUAACUAAUUAAUGUGUGUAAUAACUAAUGAAGUUUAAUAACUGCUUUUGUUCAUUUCAGGUGCUGAAACUUGAGGCUGUCGGAUACAAGCCAAUUUUAUUUAUUGGGAAACAGGACAAAAGGGCUUCAAAUAAGUGGGUGGCAGAUAUUAUCACGCAUCUGCACCCCACUCCUGUCACCAAAGUGUUUUUGGAGAAGAUGCGGAGGGCUUAUGAGUUUAUCUUAACAAAAGCAACCUCCACAGCCCAGCAGCCGGAGAGCGUCCCCGCGGAGUGGCCGGAGAGCGUCCCCGCGGAGCACCCGGAGAGCGUCCCCGCGGAGCGGCCGGAGAGCCUCACCAAGCAGCCUGAAACUGUAUUUCUUCUCAAUCUUGUUCCUGUGUCUUGCUCGCUCUCUCCAACCUCUCUCUGUCCUCCUUCCUCUGCUACUUCUACAACUGUUCUUCCCUCACUUUCUUCCCCUCUUCCACCUCCACUGCGGCAGAGGAAAAGAAGGUUAAACACUUUUACCGCGUCAAACUCUACCACCCCUGUCUCUACUCCAUAUCCAUCUGCCUCUUCCAUUUCCAAGCCUUUGAGUCAGGAGGUGCCACUGGUAAAGAACAGAAGAAAAGGUUGUCAAAAAUGUAGUAGGCAGAAGGUUUUCCUUUUUGAUAAAAUAACUGGGGAACGAAUAAAUGAGGGGAAAGCUGAAUUGAAAGUUCACUGGUUGCCUUGCACUGUGUGUGGCAAAACCUGGGAUGACACAUGGGAGCCUGCGAGUGAAUUCCAACACAUUGUGCCAAAGUCGCCACAUCCCAACCAGCUUUCAGCAUGACAACAUAGUCACCAUAGACACCUGGACUCAUCAAGCACCCUUCAAUGCAGUUCAUUUUUGAGUGUUUUUUCUUGCUGUUUGUUCUUCAGUAAAGUUUUUGCACAGUACCCAGUCUCUUUUAGUGUUUAGUCUCUUACAGUUGUCUUUUUAAAAAACUUUUUGCAUUGGUCUUGAACUGCUUAA